AUGGCGGGCAGAAAGCGCAAGGCAGACGUUUCUCACAAAUCCAGCUCACAAGACAUAGUUCCAGGUGACACGCCUAAGCAGACUACUGCUCCCAAGACAAAGAGCACAGCAGCGCGCGGUAGUCGAAGCAAAGCUGCUGUUACCGCACAAAUUCAGGCAAAUGGUAGCGGAGGUUCACAUACUUCGAAUUCCUCCGCGACUGCUUCACAAGAGGAAUCCACCUCUACCCAGGCCACAAAGGCGCCCCGUGCUAAGCGUCAGAAAGUCUCGCACAGCACCGAGGUUUUACAGGCUACCAGAUCUUCCACCAGACUCAAAUCUCGUGCACAGACCCCUACCCCGGAGAUGCCUCCAAAGUUGUCUCCUCAAUCGUCAACUGAGCCAGCAGAGGUUUCAAAGAACACGGAUACAGAGACGAUCCUCGAACAAAACGAAAUCAUCCAUGCACCUGAGCAGACUUUGACAGGCUCUAGCUCCGAGCAAAUCUCGCGUCUGACUCCAAAGAGUAGCGAUGUAGAAGCUACUAUCAAGUCAGAUGAACGGCCAGCUCCAAUGACAACACGUGGUAGAAAGCGAAAACUUGCAGCGUCCACAACAGAAACUUCUACAAGUGUGGCAAAGAAAUUGAAAGCUGAAAAUACCGCCCUAAAUAGCUUUGCGAUGUUAGAGGUAUCAAAAAUCGAAGAAACCAACACAGAUAUCUCUACGAAUGAUGCCAAGAUGCCCAAAGUUGAAGAGAAAGCGACCGAUCCAACUGCAAUGACUGUUCCAACCGAAUCUACAUCCAACACCGAGAAAUUUCGGAAUGUGCAAGACACUGAGACGGCCAAUCAGCCGCUCAAUGAGUCUGCACAGACGAACCACACUGAAGAAGUCGACACAGGCUCCGGUCAAAAUAGAACUGCCAGCGGUUCGGGUACCCGAGGCCGCGGCAAAGGUGGUCGUGGUAGAGGGAGGGGCAGAGGAAAGGGUAAGGGCUUCGGCAACACUGUGAAAAAAACCGCAGAUGCCCCUGCUGGCGCUGGAAGAGGUCGCGGCGGUGGUCGUGGAGGAGGCAGGGGAGGAGGCAGGGGAGGAAGACGAACAGAUGACGAUUCCGAGGUCGACGUUGAGCGUUCAGGCCCGCCCAAUCCUUAUGCUCAAAAACUGACUGAUCGGCAAAAAGAGUUGAAGCAUAACUUUAAGCGACUUGCAGCUACUCAGAAAUUGAUACUCAAUGAACUUGCCGGUCGCACCCAGCAAACGCUUGCUCGCGACAGAAAGGCACAUCUUGAAGCCGUCGAAUAUGAUGAAGUGCAAAAGGCACUAGAACUUUAUCUACAGAGAAGGCUGGACGCUUUGGAAAGUGAACACCGUCUCCGUAUUGAACAGGCGACUCGCUUAGCUGAGGCUGAGGCCCAAAUUAUUAAAGAUCGAUAUGAGGCCAAUGCUACCAAUAUUCAGGAUGAACUCUUUUACGCCGCUCGAGGCGAGUACAUGCAGCUCGUCGAAGGUGUGCAGCAUGCUGGCGAUGAUGAGCACACAGAGCCCGAUCUCGAUGGCCCAGGACUGGCGCCAUCUCAUGCAUCGGCAGAACAACCCACUGCUUUAAUUUAUGAGUACGAACCUUAUUAUUUGAACGAACCCAAAUUCACACGCGGCUUCAAUUCUCGAUUCGUCCGUGAAAAUUCUGGCGCCGAGGCGUAUGAAAGGGGCAAAAAUGGCUGGGACGAUUUUACACAGCGCGCAAAGUUGAAAGAAAUCAGCCAAGAAGAGUCUGCCGCGGAUUCUUUGCAACUACUUCUUCAAGCUUCUAAAAGUGCUUUCACCAACGAAGAUGGACGCCCUUCCUCCACUGCCAGUUUCCUCGCGUCCGUCUUUUCCACUUUCAUCGCAUCCGACACCAGACCAACAUCUACCAUCAUUCAUGCUGCCACAAACAACACCAAGUCGAUCAACUCUUCCUCCGUCACGUGGUUACCCAGAUUACUACACAAUGGGCUCGAGAAUGCAUCAAUUAACACCCCCGUCACGUCUUGGACUCGACGACUAUUCGACUCGGGACGGUCCACUUUCACGGCUCSGACUGGACCAGCGGCGAAGCUCAGAUUUGCGAUACCACCCUUUUUCGCCGCCAGCAUCUCUACUACGAACAACGGCAAGAACUGCACCGCCUCCUUAUUAUCACUCAAACGCAUACCAAAGCCCUUAUCAGGGGCCCGCCCCAUCGCAAUCAUCUUCUUCGACUCGUCGGCCAUAUUAGUCUGA